CAGCCGCCGACCUCCAUCCUGCACCAGCGGGCACAGCAGCAGCAGCCUCCUCCUUCUCCGCGAUCCUAAGCAGCCGCAUCGCGCGCAAGGCCGGGGCCAUGGCGGGGGACGAGGCGGGCGGCGGCGGGGCGGCGGCGGAAGGCUCGGAGGCCGCCAGCCCGGGCUUGCUGAUGGAGGUGGUCAGCUCCCCGCUGAACCUGAGCCUGCUGGGCCUCUGCCUCUUCCUGCUCUACCAGAUCGUGCGCGGGGAUCGGCCGCGCGCCCAGCCCGAGGGCGAAGAGGAGCCGCCGCCGCUGCCCAAGCUCAAGCGCCGCGACUUCACCCUGGCCCAGCUGCGCCCCUUCGACGGCCUGGCCGACCCGCGCAUCCUCAUGGCCAUCAACGGGAAGGUCUUCGACGUCAGCCGAGGCCGCAAGUUCUACGGGCCCGAGGGACCUUACGGCAUCUUUGCUGGAAGAGACGCUUCCCGUGGCCUCGCGACUUUCUGCCUCGAUAAAGAAGCUCUGAAAGACGAAUACGAUGAUCUCUCCGACCUGGAUGCUACGCAGAAAGAAACGCUGAGUGAUUGGGAACAGCAGUUUACGUUUAAAUAUCACUACGUCGGCAAGCUGUUGAAGGAUGGAGAAGAACCGACGGUCUAUUCCGAUGAAGAAGAAGAAACGAAAGAUGUGAAAGACCGCAAGAACGAUUAGUGAAUUGCACCAAGGAGCCUCCUGACGCUAGCUGGUUUCUUUGCUUUUAAUUUUUAAAGGACAUUUUUAUCAUAUUCCUCCCCUUUCUAUUUUUUCCCUUUUCCUACAUCUGCCGUUUUUAGAAAUAUUAGUACUUGCAGUGACAUUGGUCGCAACACUGCACUUUUUAAAUCAACGUUCCUAAGUAACUCAGUGCUAACUUUUUCCAAUCCAAGACGAGGGCUUUGGAGGGCAGUAGAGCAAUGGCCAAAACUGGUUGGUGGUACGUAAAGAACCUCACCAGCUAAGCAAUGGCCGUUAGGAUCUCCCUUUCGUUUAAUGGCGCUUUGCAGGAUGUCACUCGGAGGACCUGUUGAACGGACAUUGCAACGUAUUUGAAGGUUGACCCUGGACCAGAAAAUUAUCUCCUCGUAGGAGAUAACUUGCUUUGUCCUUCAACCCCGUUAGGCUUAGUGGGUGUUCAGAAAGGGUUCCUCUACCUUCCCAUUUCCUGUUUCUUUAUCAUUCCUUUUACACGAACUUGUCUUCCGCCUGAUUGUCUAUCUGUGUGCAUCCUUUGAAUGAACUUCAUCUGCUGCGAAGGCCUCCACAUGUGCAUUUUCUGAGGGGGUUUAUAUCAUUUCAGUUCCUUAGAAGUGCAAAAUGUAGUUGGUGGUUUUAUUUUCUUUUUUUGUCAUCGCUAAUGUAGCAUUGGAAGCGGUUGAAAAGUGGUUUUAUAUAGAUACUUACAUCCAACGGACGGGGCCCUAGCUUUUGAAGCAGUAUAACUUCCUCUUUUUUUAAUGCAAUCCUUUUAUUAUAAAACAGUCUAAAGAUAAGAAUUAGUAUGAAAUGUGACCUCGUUGUGGGCAGCAGCAUCACGGGCGCAAAGUGGCAGGAAUGAGGUGAGGGGCUGUUCUUGGGAAGGCUCCUAAGACGUCCGGCUCCAUUUUUCCUUCAGGUACUUUUGGGUCAGCCAGGUUCUGAUCAGGGACCUCCUUGAGAGCAUGGCCUUGGUUGUGUUCUUUUAACCUCCGGUGUCAGCUGAAUUUGGUGGAGGGCCUGCUGCACAGCGUAAUUCUCUAAAAAGAAGAGGCUCCGUGCUUACUGCAAAUACCAAAGUCGCGGCCCGAAAUCACUUCCUUUUGAGGAGGAGCAUUUUCAUCUUUCAACUAGGCUAAUUGACCACGGUGCAUAUGUAACAAGUGAGUUGUUGGUUUAGCUGCAACGCGACCAUCAGGGCUCCCUUACAAUUGGUGGUUAAUUGUAAGCUUUUAAGAUCUUGGCAGGAUCUUACUUGCAGGUGCCAAGUAGUCAAACAUUCCUUGAUUUCAGAUAAAUAAACCCAAGUUUCACUAUAGGAUGAUGGAUCCACUGCCCAAGUAUUCUCGGGUACAUUUUUGGGUGCAGUUGAGAUUCAGUUCGUUUCGUGUGGUCGUUCGCAGCGUGAAAUCGGCCGGAUUUAAGAAAGUUAGGAAAGGACUAUGGAACCCAGGAAAACUGUUUCAAAGGAGUUAUUCCCGAGUUGGUUUCUUUUCCCACCCUUUUUAUAUACUCACCGUUUUGUGGGACUCAAAACAGUAAGGAGUUCUUCUCCUUUGCUUCUAAAAAAAAACACUACUUUUCACAACAAGCAAUAAAUGUUGUAACUUUGGACUUCUACCUUUGUUAAAUGCAAAGUACAGAAUUUAGAUUUGUUGCCUAUUCCCAUUUCCCCAAAUGUACAACCUUCUUCAUUGCUUGUUGCCCUAAAGACAAUUAACUGGCUGAAAUUUUGUGACCUACCUCUGGGCUUUGUAGGGUAAUUAACAAAAAGCUAAUUUUUUAAAAAAACUGCUUCUUUCUAAAGUCACCAUUCUUGCAGAAUUGAUGCUGAACAAUGUUUCAAAUUCAAAGCCGGGAUUGGUUGUACUUGCUUUAUUUUUAAAGGCGAGGAAAUAAAAUUUUUCCUACAAA